AUGGAUUCCCUAAGUUGGCUCAUCAUCCUUCUAACAGCAUUAUUGAUAAGCCUCCUCCUCUGGUUCGCCCUCUCAAGCUGUCUCGCCCACCCAAUCGCACACCUCUCCCACUCGCUCUGGGAUACAAUCCUAGCCGGCGCGCAAGCGGUCGAGUAUGCUCCUUCGGGGAGGAUGAGACGUGCUCCGAGGGAGGUGUUUGGCGAAGAAUGGGAGUUGGAGCGAAGAGGAAGGCGGUCGUGA